CCUAUUCCUCUGCGGAAAGCAGGCAGGACGGAAGGAAGGAAGGAAGGCGGGCCGAGCCGGGAAGUCGUCCGAGGAGCCCCGGCAGCAUGUCUCACUCCGCGCCGCUCGCCAAGCCCUCGUCGCCAACCAACCCGCGGGUCUUUCUCGACGUGGACAUCGGCGGAGGACGAGCUGGCCGAAUUGUAUUAGAAUUAUUUGCUGAUAUUGUACCUAAAACUGCUGAAAACUUCCGUGCAUUGUGUACUGGAGAAAAAGGGAUUGGACCAACAACUGGAAAGCCUCUUCAUUUCAAAGGAUGCCCCUUCCACAGAAUUAUCAAGAAAUUUAUGAUCCAGGGUGGAGACUUCUCAAAUCAGAAUGGAACAGGUGGAGAAAGUAUAUAUGGAGAAAAAUUUGAAGAUGAAAACUUUCAUUACAAGCAUGAUCAGCCAGGUUUGCUCAGCAUGGCGAAUGCAGGACCAAACACCAAUGGUUCCCAAUUCUUCAUCACAACGGUGCCAACUCCCCACCUUGAUGAGAAACACGUGGUCUUUGGUCAGGUGAUCAAAGGCAUGGGUGUUGUAAAGUUACUAGAAGACGUUGAAGUGAAGGAAGAAGAACCUGCUAAGUUGUGUAUCAUUGCAGAAUGUGGAGAGCUAAAAGAAGGUGACAACUGGGGUAUCUCCCCUAUGGAUGGUUCUGGAGACACUCAUGCAGACUUUCCUGAAGAUGCUGACAUUGAUUUAAAGGAUGUUGACAAGAUUGUGACUGUUGCGGAUGAUGUAAAAAAUAUAGGCAACGCUUUUUUCAAAUCUCAAAAUUGGGCAAUGGCAGUCAAGAAAUAUAGCAAGUCUUUAAGGUACAUUGAAGCUUCCAAAGCUGUAGCAGAGAAGACAGAUUCAGCAAAACUGGACAGUGCGGCAUUGACCUGUUUCCUUAACAUUGCUGCCUGCAAACUGAAAUUAUCAGAAUGGCAAGAUGCAAUUGAAAACUGUACUGAGGCUCUGGCCAUAGAUCCUACAAAUACCAAAGCACUUUACAGAAGGGCUCAAGCCUGGGAAGCAACAAAAGAAUACGAUCAGGCAUUGGCUGAUCUUCACAAGGCUCAAGGCAUAGCACCUCAAGAUAAAGCUAUCCAAAUGGAAGUACAGAAAGUUAAGCAGAAGAUAAAAAAUGAAAAGGAAAAAGAGAGGGCAGCUUAUGCAAAGAUGUUUGCUUAGGUCAAGAGUGUUUUCUUUCCUUACCUUGUGCACUGAUAAAAAGGCAGAAUUAGUAUGAGUAGCAGUGACAUCAUACUGUCAUUUAUACUGAGACUGUUUCAUAUGUUUACAUCUUGUUUUUUUUUUUUAAGGUUAACAUAUUAUUCCAAGUACAGUGACUUUCACCACUAAGUUCAGUACUAAGGUACUAACAGUUAUUGUACUUUUAACAAAAAAGUAAAGAAAAACUGUUAAGUAAAAUUUCUGAAUGAUCGAAUGGAAAGAAUUUGGACUACAUUCAGUAACACUUAGAUGUAAGUUCAGCAGGUUAAUUUGCUCCACCUGUAACUUUCAUUGUUCAUUCAAAUGCUGUUAAAAGUGGUGUUGAAGAAAUAAACUCAGUUUCUAAGCUU